GGUGCCGGCGGCGGUGCUGGCGGCGGCGGCUUCAUACCAGGAGAGGGCGGCAGCACACAGAGCCCCGGCGGCCGGCGAGACCAUGCUCAGGACUCGUUACGUCCAGUCACAAUCAAGCAGAUACUAGACGCCCAAGGCGAAGCAGGGAGCAACGACACCUUCAAAAUUGACGGCACAGCAAUCAGUCAGAUCACGCUCGUUGGUCAAAUACGCAACAUCUCCAACCAGACUACAAACACAACAUAUCGGCUUGACGACGGCACCGGAAGCAUAGAGGUCAAGCAAUGGGUCGAUACAGAUGCGGCAGAACAGACCAACCCGACCAAGGCUAAGCUCGUUGAAGGUGCAUACUGCAGGGCGUGGGGCAAACUCAAGAGCUUCAACGACCGAAAGUCAGUCGGAGCGACCGUCAUCCGCCCAAUCGAGGAUAUGAAUGAGAUCUCUUUUCAUAUGCUCGAAGCUACUGCCGUACAUCUAUACUUCACACGUGGGCCGCCUAAUCAGGCCGGCGGGGCUGCGACCAACGGAGCAGUACAGCAACAAGCAACGGCCGGUGGCAACUUCGGCUCUUACGACCUUGCAGGCUACAGCCAGGUAGCAAAGAGGGUCUUCCAGUUCCUCAGAGAAACCGAGCAGUCGAACGAGGGCUUGAAUCAGUACGAGAUUGCAGCCAAGCUCGGCAUCGACGCAGCGGACGUGGCAAAGGCGGGUGACGAUCUUUUGUCUGGAGGUCUCAUCUACACAACCGUCGACGACCAGACCUGGGCGAUCCUUGAAGCAGACUGA